GCUGUGAGCAGCCACAGUGCCCUGCUCAGAAGCCCCAGGCUCGUCAGUCAAGCCGGUUCUCUGUUUGCAUUUGGCAGCACAGGCAGGCGAGUGGCUCCUAGUUCUAGGAGCACAGCAGCAGCGCUCCAGUCCUGGUCCCCCAACCCCAAGCCUCGCCUGCCUGCCUGGUGCCAGCAUGGCCACCAUCACCUGCACUCGAUUCACAGAAGAGUACCAGCUCUUCGAGGAACUGGGAAAGGGAGCCUUCUCAGUCGUGCGCAGGUGUGUGAAGGUGCUGGCUGGACAGGAGUAUGCUGCCAAGAUCAUCAACACCAAGAAGCUCUCAGCCAGAGACCAUCAGAAGCUGGAGCGUGAGGCCCGAAUCUGCCGCCUACUGAAGCACCCCAACAUCGUCCGGCUCCACGACAGCAUCUCCGAGGAGGGACACCACUACCUGAUCUUCGACUUAGUCACUGGUGGGGAGCUGUUUGAAGACAUCGUGGCCCGGGAGUAUUACAGUGAGGCAGAUGCCAGUCACUGCAUCCAGCAGAUCCUGGAGGCCGUGCUGCACUGCCACCAGAUGGGGGUGGUGCACCGGGACCUGAAGCCGGAGAACCUGUUGCUGGCCUCCAAGCUCAAGGGUGCCGCGGUGAAACUGGCCGACUUCGGCCUGGCCAUCGAGGUGGAGGGGGAGCAGCAGGCAUGGUUUGGGUUCGCAGGGACACCCGGAUACCUCUCCCCAGAAGUGCUGCGGAAGGACCCAUAUGGGAAGCCUGUGGACCUGUGGGCCUGUGGAGUCAUCCUGUAUAUCCUGUUGGUUGGGUACCCCCCAUUCUGGGAUGAGGACCAGCACCGUCUGUACCAGCAGAUCAAAGCUGGCGCCUAUGAUUUCCCAUCACCGGAAUGGGACACUGUCACUCCGGAAGCCAAGGAUCUGAUCAAUAAGAUGCUGACCAUUAACCCAUCCAAACGUAUUACGGCUGCAGAGGCCCUCAAGCACCCCUGGAUCUCACACCGGUCCACUGUGGCCUCCUGCAUGCACAGACAGGAGACCGUGGACUGCCUGAAGAAGUUCAAUGCCAGGAGGAAACUGAAGGGAGCCAUCCUCACCACCAUGCUGGCCACCAGGAACUUCUCGGGAGGGAAGAGUGGAGGGAACAAGAAGAAUGAUGGCGUGAAGAAAAGAAAGUCCAGUUCCAGCGUUCAGUUAAUGGAAUCUUCGGAGAGCACCAACACCACCAUUGAGGAUGAAGACACCAAAGUGCGGAAACAGGAAAUUAUAAAAGUGACCGAACAGCUGAUCGAAGCCAUAAGCAAUGGAGAUUUUGAGUCCUACACGAAGAUGUGCGACCCUGGGAUGACAGCCUUUGAACCUGAGGCCCUGGGGAACCUGGUCGAGGGCCUGGACUUCCAUCGAUUCUAUUUUGAAAACCUGUGGUCCCGGAACAGCAAGCCGGUGCACACCACCAUCCUGAAUCCCCACAUCCACCUGAUGGGCGACGAGUCGGCCUGCAUCGCCUACAUCCGCAUCACGCAGUACCUGGACGCGGGAGGCAUCCCCCGCACCGCCCAGUCAGAGGAGACCCGCGUCUGGCACCGCAGGGACGGCAAAUGGCAGAUCGUCCACUUCCACAGAUCUGGGGCGCCCUCCGUCCUGCCCCAUUGAAGGACCAGGCUGGGGUCGCUGCGCUGCUGUGUCGCAGGGAUCCACUCUCCCUCCGUGCGAUGUGCUGCUGGUUCUCUCCCUGGAUUUUGCUGGAAUUCUCCCCACCACGCUCCCAACCACCACUGUCACUUCUGCACCUGUAUCGAGGAAGCCUGCUUGUCCAUUAAAGCCAUCACGACUUUGCUGCGAAUGGCCACCUCCUGCUCCCCCUUGCUCUCUCCCUGCCAAGGUGGGACCUCUCAGGUUUGGGUGCCCAGGGUGCUGGCCCCAGAGACCCCCAGCUUCCACCCAGCUGUCGAGGGCCUGGGCUGGCCUUGGCUGCAGGCUAGACUGCCUGAGUUGUGGGUUCACCAGGGCCAUGAGCUGGAGGGAUGCAUGACACGGGUGGCCGGCCCUCUCCUGGCUCUCACCUUUUUUAGGGUUCCUAGAGAAGGGCAGGUGAACCCCGGAAACUCUCCCAAGCUAAUCUCCCUGUGGGAGAGGGUGAGAGAGGCGCAGAUGCCAGGAGCCCCUUGCCUUGAACUGCUGCCCUGAGUCUCCCCGCCCGUGCCAGCCUCGUGGUGGUCCGCCGCCCCUGCCCGCCUGCUGCCCGCGGCCCACCACAGUGCGGGGAGCUGGACCCCUCAGCUGCCCCUCUGCAGUCCUGUUACUCUGACCCUCUCACGCACCUUCCCACCCAUGGUUCCUGGAGAAUUCCAGCCUCGUCCAGUCUGAGAGAAAGAAUCUGUGUUUCAGGGGCAAAAGAAAGCAACAUUUAGGUAUCUCUCCUACUUGGACCGCAUGCCUUUUUAUAGACAAACCUCUGUGUAUUUCGUAAAUGGAUUUCACGUUAAUGGAUAUUUAUGUAAUAACCAGACCUCUCAAAUUAUUGUGAGGAGGGUUGGGUUGGGAAGAGGGCUUGGAAAAAGAGAUGAGGGGUAGCUUUUGUUCUGUUCCACAUUUUUUUUUUUUUUUUUUGGUCAUUUCUGAGGUGGACCUUGUCACCGGUAGUUAUCCGGGGCCAAGAUGGACUUGGCCCCAGAAAGCAUGGCUUCUCCGCCAUUGCUUGCCGUGGUCCCGAGGUAAGCCCGUGCAGGGCUUCCUCCAGGACCAAGAGGCACCGUGUGAAUGCAUGACAGGAGCGGCAAGGCAGGAGAGGGAGGGAUGGCCCAGGUGGAGGUGUCUGGACUCUGGUUUGCUUCUGGAUCCUACUGGAGUCCUACUUUCCAGCAUUUUCUCCCACCGUGUCUGGGUGCCACCCUAGUGUCCCUGCUCUGGGGUGGCCCAUGAGCAUGUGUCUCCAUCGCCUCUCUCCCCUUUGGCCUCUGAUGGCCAAAGCAAGCCCUGGAGAUUUCUACUCUUUACACCUCACGCUGCAUCUUGGGUUUGCAGCCCCUGCCUCCUCCCUCCCUGGUCCUCUGCCCCUGGGGUUGGUCCCAUGUGGAAUGCCUUGGCCCAUCCGCGAGGAUCUCCUGUCUGCACUGUUUUCUUUGCAUGACUUUAUACACAGUAAGUAUGUUGAAAAAAAAAGUAAAAGAAAAGAAGAAAAACAUUCAACAACUCAAUCUACAUGUUUUGGACAAAAAAUUAAUAAUAAUAGAGGUUGUAUUCUCAAUGUCCGACUUGGAAUUACGUCGCUGCCUCUCUGUGCUUUUGGCCUCUAUGUGGCCGUGUUUUGCCAGCAUGAGAUACUGUCCCCUCUGGAGGAUGUUAGGGGAGGAAGAGCCGCAUCCCCAGGGUUUUGGAGGAAGCUCUGGUUCCCCUGACCCUCCUGGGUAUGGUUUGGAGCAGAACUGGUGAGAACGUUUAAUCCAGAACUUUCUGAGUUUACCCCCAUCACGAGGUGUCUGUUGAGCUCUUUUCUCACAUUCUGCUGCCCAGGGACAAGUGAGACAGGCCAGGCUGCAUGCCCAGGAAAGUGGCUAUCCAGGCCUCUGGUUUCUAAGCUGGCCCAUCACUGGCCUCCGUCCUCGGCAGAGACCCUGCUUCCCAGGCCCAAGGGUGGGUUAUUGGCCUAACCCUGGCCCAGAGGACUCCUCAAGUGAGGCCCAGUGAUCCCCUUGUCCCAGCAGAAAACUCAUGUCCCCCCAUGACCUGCCAGCUCUCCAUGGCCAUCCCCAGCCAAAGGUGAGGGUACAGCCUCACCAGGGGAUGCUGUAAUUACUGAGCAAAGUCUGGUCCCUUCUUCAGCCUCAGUUUCUCCAUCAGAUAAAGGUGAGUUAAGUCCCUGUCUAGGCUGAUGGAGGAUCAAAUGGAUGGUGAACAUGAAGCCCAGCACACCUGUGAGAAUUUAUAGGGCUUGCCAUUGGCUGGCCUCCUGUUUGCUUCUAGGCUUGGCCAGUUCCCAUCCUCUCCCCUGCCGACCCCUCUUUCCCCUCUUUGGUGCCUGUCCGCUGCUUUUCAAUCGUGGACUGCAGGGAAAGAGAAAUGGUUGUGGGGCUUACAGACUUUGGUUCCUAGCACUGACUAGACUUGCUGUGUGACCUUGGGUGAGUCCUCUCUCCUCUCUGGACCUUGGUUUCUUCAUCAGAGGAAAUCAAGCUAAAGGACCCCAACCUGCUUACACUGGCUGAUGCACCUCUUGUCCACUGUGUGCCUCUCCAUGUGCUAGAGAAUUAGAAGCAGGUCCCUACCACAGGCUAAGAUGGCCCCACUGCAUAGGCCACUCCUGUGGGAGGCAGCCACUUGGUGUCGGCCCCAGGGCACCACAGUGGCUUUUAGGGGACACUGGCAGAAAAAGCUGCCCUGAGCCCAACUCGCCAGACAAGCUCUGUGCUCCUCGUGAACACCCUUUAGAUGCAAAAAAUACAGACCCGAGUCAAAAUCCAGGCGCCAGCAUGCCAAUCCAUUUACAGGAAAUUGUUCUACUAGUUUGUGCCACCAUGGUGCGAAUCUUGACCCAGGGCCUCCUGUCUCCCUUCAAAGGGAGACCCUUUGGGAUGCGUUUGCCAGACUCCCCAUGCUGGUUUCUUUGUUAUUAUUUGUUUGGGGUUCUGUUUCAGUUGUUCCUUUUCUUUUUUUAAAAAACAAAAACAAAAACAAAAAUGUGGCUGUAACUUGAAUGACCACUGCUCAAAAUUUCUGCUAUAGCGGGGUGGGAGGGAAGAAAAGGGUUGUCUGUUUUAUUCUUGGUGUUUUCAGUGCAAUAAAUAGCUAUAAACUCGUGUGCA